AUGGUGGCAGUGACGCUGUCAUUCUUCGUGUGCUGGGCCCCAUUCCACGUCCAGAGGUUGAUCGCCAUCUACGGGAAGAGCCUGGAGAACCCCAGCGCUACAUAUUACUUGGUGUACAUCGUGUUCACGUACCUGUCGGGUGUCCUGUACUUUCUAUCGACUGCAAUCAAUCCGUUUCUCUACAAUAUUAUGUCCAAUAAAUUCAGAAACGCUUUUAAGGUGACAUUAGCAUCAUGGUGCGGUCGCAGAAAAAGUGUACCGCGGAUGGGGCGAACCUACAGCGCACUUUUAGCGUCUCAGCGACAGCGGCUCAAUGCAACUGCGACGGAGAGACCGCGCGGCCCGCAACGCUUGCGCAGGCUAUCCACCGCUACCACGCAGCUCUACGACGCGCCGCCUAGAGCGCAGUGUAUGAACGGGAGGGACUUGUCAACUGUCAGCGAGUCCCCAAACGGGAACGGACACUGGGGGCACGCGUGGCGACUCCGACUCAACGAGCCCUCUGAUUCUAUUGGUUCACCCCGCAGCAUCUCCAACUCCAGUCUCCGUGAGGUCGACGAAGAACUCACAGGCGAGGAGCUUGCCACUUACAUGUACCAGGUCAACUGUGAUAUAGGCGGACUUACCUGAGACACGACCGUCUAAAUAAACUAUUCGUGUGACCAAGCGCUGGAACACUAUGUGACUAAUAUAAAUAGCUCAUAGGCUAUAUACUUACAAUUUUAAAAUGAUGGUGACGACUAACGGCAAAAGUGUGAUGUAUUUUAUAAAUACAUUUAGUAAGUG